AUGAAGGAUCCUACCGCUGCAGAAAAGAGUCGCGACCAGAUGGAUGCGCUCGUUGCCAUCAUGACUGAAACUCACGACCUCGUCAUCACCAUGAAGACUGGAGGAGGCAAGAGCAUGUUAUGGAUGGUUCCGCCGGUGCUAGACGAGGCUGAAAAAUGCAUCGUGGUCUGUCCGUUCGUCGCAUUGCUCCAAGAACAGUAUAUGAAGACCGCCGCCACUGGACUACGUUGCCACGACUAUACUGCGCGCAAAGAUGUGCCUGAAAACGUCCAGGUGCUCUUCGUGCAGUCUCCUGGUGUCCCCCUCGGGAAGAAGUUUACCAGAUUCUAUGUAGAUGAGUUCCACGACGUGCUCAACUGCCAUCCAGAUCGCGCGUCAAAAUGGCUCACUCUUGCUCGCCAAUUCAGUGCGGCGUCGGUGCAAAUGAUUCUCAUGUCGGGGACCAUACCUCCUCACCGGGUUUGCGACAAACCGUCCGGAGAUCGGCAUGCACGUCGCACGCGUGGAACCCAUUGCGGCAAGGGAAUCCCUGCAUCACCUCGUUCAUACUCUAUCUCUACUUCUGGGAGACGAAGACCGCAUGCUGGUGUUCUUUAG